UGUCUGAUAAAUCUACCGAAUGGAUAUCUGUUAUUUACUCCUUGUUUGUUGAUCAGUUCUUUGUUCUAAAUACACUUAAUCGUCGUUCUCGGAUUAAUAAAUAGUGCCUCGUUUUGGUGGAUAGCCAUGUGACCUCAGCGGCAAGUGUGACCUAUUGGCUGAAUGCGUCUGUUAUGUUCGUUCUACAUUGAUAGUAUAUUUUAUGACGAUGACUAUUAAAAUAUUUUUAUUAUAAUUAUCAAACACCAACGAUCGCGUUAAUUGAAAAGAACUGACAAAAAACUGCGACAUAAAUAAAAGAAAACAGAUCUGACAACUAACGUUUUGUGGAAUUUUCAUUUGCACGAGAAGAAGAUUUGUCUUCCACUUCGAUGACAGUCAAAUUCCUACCUGGGGUUCGUUUAUUAUAUUGAAGUAUCUGUUGGCCACACACGUUACGUUUUCAUCAGGUCCUCAUUUUUUUGGUGGCAGAAGAGGCGAAUGGGAAGGUAAUAUCUGAAGAAUGAAAUGGGAGUCACCAGGGCGUGUGUUUCUUACUGGUUCUUAUUUAAUAUUUUAUGGUGGAAACGUCAGUUAUCUCAACUCGGCUUCGGAACCCUGAUUUUAGACCCGUGUUAAAUCCUGCGUGUUAAUGAAGCUGGAGAGAAAAGGAUAAGUUUUACGGAUGCGAGAUGUGAAAAUAGGAGUGGGACAAGCACCCCCAUCACGUUCUAAUUAAAUCGACACAUAUGCCGGAAUAGAAUUUUGAUUGCCAACUAUCCUAACUUUUGAUUUAUUCAUAUAUCGACAUCUUGAGUGAGAUAGAUAGUGAGAAAAAAAAGUAUAAUUGGCGCAGGGUUCGUGCAAUCCUGCAACAGAUUGCAGUCAAGUCUGACAGACGAAGACCCCUGUCUAACUCUAUUACCGAAACCAGUUACUGAUAGUCUGGACUUGAUCAUCAAUUACAUUUAUCUUAAUUUAAACAAUACGAAGACUUGCAUACAUUUGGAUUAUUUACAUGGAUUGAACAUUAUUUGCUGAGAGAAAACAAAACAGCAAAUAUAAUUUAUUUAUCCAUAAUUUGAAUGGUUGAAAUAAUCGAAAGCUUUAUUUAAAAGUGAUUUUUAAAGUUGGAAUAUGAUUAUUAUCCAUGGUAGUUUCUAUAGUGUCAGAUCUGAAUUGGUUAUCUGAAGACGUGUGUUGGAUUAUCGUAGAUUAUCGUAGGGGAUAAUACGAGAAAUUAACGCCACGAUAGAGUCUAAUAGAGAUGCGUGUACAAGGAGCUUUAAUUGGCCUUUAUUUCUACCUGAUAUUUCCAGCCAAUAUAAUAGGUUUGUGGUGGGCGGUGGGUAGCCCUCUUGUUAUGGAUACCAACAGUAUAUGUCGUAAAACACGACGAUUAGCCGGCAAGCAGCGAGCAAUCUGUAGAAAAGAACCUGAAGUCGUUGAAGAGGUAGCGAAAGGCGCAAAAGUAGCGUUACUAGAAUGUCAGUAUCAAUUUAGAACGAGGAAAUGGAAUUGUACAACGCAGAAACGCAGCCUAUCCAAGAUUCUACGACACGAUACACGGGAAGCCGCGUUUGUAUACGCCAUUACCGCUGCCGGGGUUGUAUACGCGGUUACACAGGCAUGCAGUAUGGGUCGUUUACUACAGUGUACCUGUGGCAAUAAUCUGCGGGACACGGCUACUGAUGGAGAAUGGGAGUGGGGGGGAUGUGGGGAUAAUGUCGAGUUUGGCUACCAAAAAUCCAGGGAAUUUAUGGACGCUCGUCGACGGAAAAAACGACGUGGUGACGUCACAACCCUUGUUCAGUUGCAUAAUAACGAGGCUGGCAGACAGGCAGUACAACGGUACAUGAGAAAAGAGUGUAAAUGUCAUGGAUUGUCUGGCUCAUGCACUUUAGAAACGUGCUGGUUGAAAAUGCCCAAAUUUCGAGAAGUUGGAGAUCGUCUGAAACAGAAGUUUGAUGGCGGGGCAAAGGUGAUAAGUUCAAAUGAUGGAAAGUACUUAAUACCUGAAGGAGAAACUAUUAAACCCCCCUCUCGUGAAGACUUAGUGUACACGGAAGAAUCUCCGGAUUUUUGUAAACGGAACAAAAAAGAAGGGUCGCUAGGCACAAAGGGACGUUCAUGUGACCCAAGUUCUAUGGCAGUAGGGGGCUGCGAUUUGCUAUGUUGUGGUCGGGGUUAUUCUAGAAAGCAAGUAACUCUCCACGAAAAUUGUAAAUGCAGGUUUAUGUGGUGCUGUGAAGUUAUUUGUGACACGUGUGUGAACACUAAGACCGAGACAAGGUGCUUAUGAUGCGUUCGCUAACAAACAUUACAACAAUCUAGACGAGAGCAAAGGAAAUAUCGUGCUAUUUAUUCGAACGUUCAAAGAUGUUAAUUUUGAAAAAUAGAAUCUGCUUUUCAACUUCAAAGUCUUCCAAGAAGUAGAAUUUUGAGGACGUUGGCCUGAAUUAUUAAUGUUAGUGUAAGUUAGAUUAUAUAAAGAGCGCUAUAUUCACGAGCUAAUUGUGGGAUGGUACUAGUACUAUCGGUCAAAUAUAGUUUAUUGAUUUAAUAUUUACAUACUCGUGGUUAUAGUUGCUGGCCAGCAUAUAGCUCGGGUAUUGCUUGAUGAUUACCAGUUGUCAACGUUUAGAUUUAGCUUGAUCUGGGGAGGGGUGUGGCUAUGUGUAGAACAGUGAUUGAAACCGUAGUACUGUGGAAUCGUGCUGAAUGGAUUCGAAAUUUAGAGAGUUUUGAGAUCUGAAAUGCUAACGAUCUAACUGCCAUACAUCUUUAUUUUAUAUGAAUAAAUUAAUAACACCCAAUAAUCGUGUCUACCAUAGUCUGUACUGGUAUAUAAACCAUAGUCUGUACUGGCUGGUAUAUAAACCAUAGUAAUAAUUUACAGUCUUGGUAUAUGGUAUAUUUGCUGUUUGCACACUAUUUGGUAGAAUUUGAAUCAAAAUUCAGCGUUUAUUAGAAAUGGCGUUACAUAGUGUUAUAAAGCCUAACUAUCGUGUACAGAUCAAUCCUAUUCAAGACGAUUCGGGAGAUCUUUCCUCAGUUGGUAGUUAGAACAGAUAACUGAGAAGUUGUUGCAUAUAGUCAGUGUCAGUGAAAAAUAUCCUUGGCACUUGGAAUUUGAUAAAGAGACUCCGUUAUCCGUAAAUAAUUCUUGCCCCCCGACCCAGGUUAAAAUCCGCUCAUAACGACCGUAUAUUGGUUCAGUUAAAAGGCUGCAUAAAAGAUUUUUCACAGCCCAAAUAUUAAAAAAAAUCGCAAAGAGUGUGUGACUCGUCAAAUUGUUUUAUACCGGCAUAGGCUUAUUAGAUAAUUGUUUUAUACCGACAUAAGCUUAUUAGAUAAUUGUCAAUUGUCAUUAUAUAAAUCUAGGCAUAUCCAAAUAGAAAACCUUGAUGAAAAUGUUUAAGAUUGGAUUUGAAUGAUUAGUGGAUUUAAGUAGUUUUGCCGGGUGGGGUGUAACAUAUCUUUUGCCAUCACCGUACGAAUCGGAAUAAUGCAUUAUUACCUAUAGAUAAAUGGAUAGCUUCAUUUCUUUUAAUAAAACUUUAAGUAUUGGUAUCAAUCGCCCACCGAUGACAGAUUUAAUAAUAAAGACUACAUCAAUGAAAUGAUUGUUAGAAACUCGACCGUUUAUUAGAAACUAUGACACGACACGACACGACGCUUAUAAGGGAACGGGGGCCUGUUUCACGAAAUUUUAACUAAAAUAAAAUCCAAAUUUUAGUAAUUUGAUUGGAUAAUAUUAGAUUGAUUUUAGUGCUUUGCCAAUCAAAAUUGAAGUAUCUACUAAAAUUUGGAUUUUAUCUUUAGUUAAGAUUUUGAGAAACAGGGCCCUGGUUUCAACAAUGCGUCGUAGUCUUAGCUAAUUACUUAUAAAUUGCCUGUUAUAGCAGCUUGUUACCUUACAUGCUCAGAUGGUAGGAUAGGUUAUCAGUCCGGUAUAAAAAUACCGGCAACAUGACAUCAGCGCAAUGAAUUAGUUGGAUAAAUUGUUUUUGAGAGGAAAAUAUACCGGACAGUGGGAACCAGUGAACAAUAUAAUAGGGGUUAUUUAGUGUGCCUUAUAUAUAUAUAUGUUAAUGUCUGUCUACGAUUCAAGCCCAGCUUGGUUGAUUGUUUGUUUCAAUGUAAUUGUCGGUUUAAGUCUCUAAACGUCACCUGUCUGUAGUCUUCGCUAAAAUCGGUUGAUGGGCCUAAAGAUGCAUUACGUAAGAUUUAGAUAAAGCGCCGGCCAUUCUUGCUAUAAUAGUUCAAAAAAAGUUAAUGCUAAAUAAAUAUUUUGAAAAUUUCAUUCAAAUUACUUUAUUCUGAGCCAAGUUAUCACUGUUUGAAGUUUUGACAAUCAAUUUGAGUAGAUUUUAGCGUAGAUUAAGUUAUGGAAAUAGACGUACAGAGACUUUAAGUUGUUUUAUUUGUUGUAUUUAUAGGGUAAUGUCUAAAUAUUAUGAAUAAUAUAUGUGCCGUUUUUAUGUAUCUAUAACAAUAUAUUAAUAUUUUCCUUGGGAAUAUAUAACACCGCAUUAACUACAAAACACUUUAUUAUUUUAGUCAAAAAAGUUGUAUCCACAUUGAAAAGAUACGUCCACAAAUGGUAAUAAUAAAACAAUAAUAAAAACAGGAGACUUUUUGUUAAAUUGGUCAGAUAUUUGUCUAUUGUGUUAGAUGUUACGACGACGACCAACAGCUCGUCACAUCCAAACGAGAAACGGUCUAUUGUUAGGAUGUCUUAGAUUUCUUUCCCAGAAUCUACUACAGUUAAUCUACCUGUUCAAAGAUCUUGGCCCAGCAAAUAGACCCAAACAUUGUUGAAAAAAUAAUAAUGUUUAAUAUUAAAUUCAACACAUCUCUAAUAUAAGCUGUUCUUGAGAUCGACAAACAUUACCUAAUGUAUAACGACAUAUUCAUCCAUUACUACCAACUAGAGCCUUAUGAACAAUCUGAUUAAAACACAAUCUAAUGUGAAGAAUUAGCCAAUGAAACGGUCUGGUACGGCGAGUUCUUGGCGUGCGAUGCACGGAACUGUGGAUAAACCACUAGACACGUCAACGCUGACUGAUUAAUCAAUGUCUGACGUCAUAGGGUCAAAAGCCGCUCGUAUGCCCCCCUGACGUGACCUCCCAGUACAACUGGUCAGAUCGUCAUGUAGUAUAGGCCAUCGAAAGUAUAAAAAAAACCAAAAUGAAAUAUAGAUGUGUAUUUUACUCAGAUUACGUUAAGAAGAUUAUAUUUGUGUGUGCUCAUUUAUAAUUAAAGUUAUAACAAAGUUUGAUAACUGCCAGGGGUGAAUACGCCAUACUGUGUUGUGAAGAUAAUGAAGUAAUGUUAUUUACCUGUCUGUGUUAUUUAACAAUAAACUAAUUAUUUGUAUUUAACCUGUAUGCUAAACUAAAAAUAGAUUAUUAAUGUAAUUACUUUAUUGUCGAUGUUAUGAAACAUUUAAAAUAGAA